CCUCAUGGAUAACUGUUGUGAUUAAUUUUUAACGAGCUAUCUGAGAUGUCAAAAUUUACCAACACAAAAGCAUUAAAUAUCAAGAAAGACGAGGAAAGACAGAAGACCACAUAUUCAAUGCAUCUUCUCAUGUUUGGCACUUUAAGGGGCUGUCAACAACCCCACUCCCUUCGUAUUUUUUCUGUAGAACCCACUGUUCUCUCUCAUCCCAAACGUUAAAUCUUUCAUGAAAGUUUUGUUCUCUCUCUUCUCAAUCCUCCCUCUCAUCUCAUUUCUCCUAAUUCCUGCAAAACCCACUUAUGAGAAAACUAUACACGCUCUAAACAAUUUUUUUGUGAUUUUCAUCUCCCUUUGAAAUUUAGAAUCUUUGGGAGUUCACCCCAACAAUGAGAAAUCAAUUCUCUCUGUUACUUGUCAUUUUUAUGUCUCUCUUCCUCUCAAUCUCAAAAGUUAAUGCAAAAAUGCAGAGGUUAAACAAAGGAUCAUCUCUCCAUGUAGAGUCCCACUCUGAUAUCCUUGUUUCACCUGACGGCUCCUUCUCAGCUGGAUUCUAUGAAGUGGGCCUCAAUGCAUAUUCCUUCGCUAUCUGGUUCACCAACUCUGCAAACAAAACCAUCUCAUGGAUGGCUAGCAGAGACCUCCCCGUUAAUGGCCGACACUCGAGACUCUCUUUAUGGAAAGAUGGAAACUUGGUCUUAAUUGAUGCAAAUGAUGCAGUUAUUUGGAGCACAAACACAAACUCAACAAGCAGCUAUGCAGAGCUCUUGGACACAGGAAACCUGGUUUUGAGAGACCCCAAAGAUCGAAUCAUCUGGGAAAGCUUUGAGUUCCCGACUGAUACUCUCCUCCCAAACCAACCAUUCACAAAAGGGAAGAGAUUGAUCUCAGGUAGAGGAGAAGGUAUGUAUUCCCCAGGCUAUUUCAGCUUCUAUUUUGACAAUGAUAAUAUUCUUAGAAUCAUGUAUGAUGGUCCUGAGAUUUCAAGCAUAUACUGGCCAAACCCUGAUUACAAUUUAUGGGUUAAUCAGAGAACAUCAUAUAAUAGCUCUAGGUAUGCUUUCUAUGAUGAAUUGGGGAGGUUUGUUUCUAGUGAUAGAUUUGAAUUUUAUGCUUCUGAUUGGGGUUCAAAGCUCAAGAGGAGAAUGACUAUGGAUUAUGAUGGUAACCUAAGGCUUUAUAGCCUCAAUGAAUCAACAGGGCUUUGGUCAGUUACAUGGUUAGCCAUGGCAGAGCAGUGUAGAAUUCAUGGACUUUGUGGAAGAAAUGGGAUAUGUACUUAUAAGCCACAGCCAACAUGUGCAUGCCCCCCACACUUUGAGGCAAGCGACCCAACUGACUGGACAAAAGGGUGCAUACCCAAGUCCAAAGCAACCUGUGAUCCUCUGAAAAUUGAGUUUAUAGAGCUUCCUCAAACUGAUUUUUAUGGCUAUGAUAUCAAUUAUACUACGCAAAUAACAUUGGAGGCUUGUAGAAAUAGAUGCUUAGAUGAUUGUUCUUGUGCAGGUUUCAUGUAUAGAAUUAGUGGGGAUGGAGGGUGUUAUUUCAAAAGUGCUCUCUUUAAUGGAUACACAUCUACAAGUUUUCCAGGAAGCAUGCACAUAAAAGUAGCCAUAGAUGUAGCCUUCAACCAUUCUGGGAAUCAGAGAACAGAUUUUAGAGAGCUUGAAUUGAGAUGCCCAACUGGUGAAGCUGCAGUCACAGCGGGGCUUGAAGUUUAUGGGGAGAGCAAGGGUACCACUCUUCUGUUGUAUUGGUUUGUGAGUGCAUUUGGUGGGAUUGAGAUUAUAUUCGUAACGGUUGGGUGGUUCGUCCUUUAUAGGAAACAUGGUAUUCCUGAAGCCAUAGAGAAAGGCUACAAGGGUAUAUCAAGCCAAUUCAGGAGGUUCACAUACAAAGAGCUUAAACAGGCUACAAGGAACUUCAAAGAAGAGCUGGGAAAGGGGGCUUUUGGUGCUGUUUAUAAGGGGGUUUUGAGUGAUGGUCGGAUAGUUGCGGUGAAGAGGCUACAUAAUGUGAUGCAAGGUGAGGAAGAAUUUUGGGCAGAAGUGAGCACAAUAGGGAUGAUAUACCACAUAAACUUAGUGAGGAUGUGGGGCUUUUGUGCUGAGGGUUCACAUAAGCUAUUAGUUUAUGAGUACAUGGAAAAUGGGUCGUUAGACAAGCACUUGUUCUUGGAGGCAAGCACUCUGAACUGGAACCAGAGGCUUGAGAUUGCUCUAGGCACAGCAAAGGGCCUAGCUUACUUGCAUCAUGAGUGCCUAGAGUGGGUAUUACAUUGCGAUGUGAAACCCCAAAACAUACUCCUAGAUGCGGGUUUUGAGCCCAAGAUAGCCGACUUUGGGCUGGCAAAGCUCCUUCAGCGAAGAGGUGAAGGGAGAAACAAUCAGUCCAUUUCAAACUUUAGCGAAGUGCGUGGAACCAAGGGGUAUAUGGCACCAGAGUGGACUCUAAAUCUUCCUAUAACCACAAAGGCAGAUGUUUAUAGCUAUGGAGUAGUUUUGCUAGAGAUGGUGAGAGGGCACAGAUUAUCGGGGCCUUUGGUGGUUGAUGGCCAUGAAGAAGUCGAGCUUUGGCAUUUGAUCAGGUUUGUCAAGAGGAAGAUGGAGUUGAGAGAGGAAUGGGUGGAGGCAGUGGUUGAUGUGAGAUUGGAGGGGAGGUUCAGCUCAGGGCAGGUAGAGGAGGUGGUGAAAAUAGCUCUAUCCUGUGUGAGAGACGAGAGAGAGAAGCGACCAUCCAUGGAUAUGAUUGUGCAGGCCCUUCUUGCAUGUACAGAUAUUAAUGGGCUGGAUUCAACUGAUGCGAAAGAAUCUUUAGGAGUUCUUCAAAACCCAACAAUGAGAAACCAAUUCUCUCUGCUACUUGUCAUUUUUAUGUCUCUCUUUCUCUCAAUCUCAAUAGCUAAUGCAAAAAUGCAGAGGUUAAACAGAGGAUCAUCUCUCCAUGUGGAGUCCCACUCUGAUAUCCUUGUUUCACCUGAUGGCUCCUUCUCAGCCGGGCUCUAUAAAGUGGGCCUCAAUGCCUACUCCUUCGCUAUCUGGUUCACCAACUCGGCAAACAAAACUGUCUCAUGGAUGGCUAGCAGAGACCGCCCCGUUAAUGGCCGACGCUCGAGACUGUCUUUAUGGAAAGAUGGAAACUUGGUCUUAAUUGAUGCAAAUGACGCAGUUAUUUGGAGCACAAACACAAAUUCAACUAGCAGCUAUGCAGAGCUCUUGGAGACAGGAAACCUGGUUUUGAGAGACCCAAAUGAUCGAAUCAUCUGGGAAAGCUUCGAAUUCCCGACUGAUACCCUCCUCCCAAACCAACCAUUCACAAAAGGCAUGAGAUUGAUCUCAGGCAGAGGAGAAGGAAUGUAUUCCCCAGGCUAUUUCAGCUUCUUUUUCGACAACGACAAUGUUCUUAGAAUGAUGUACGAUGGUACUGAGAUUUCAAGCAUAUACUGGCCGAACCCAGAUUACACUUUAUGGGCUAAUUGGAGAACAUUAUAUAAUAGCUCUAGGUACGCUUUCUAUGAUGAAUUGGGGAGGUUUGUUUCUAGUGAUAAAUUUGAAUUCUAUGCUUCUGAUUGGGGUUCAAAGCUUAAGAGGAGAUUGACAAUGGAUUAUGAUGGUAACCUUAGGCUUUAUAGCCUUGAUGAAUCAACAGGGCUUUGGUCAAUUACAUGGUUAGCCAUCACAGAGCAGUGUAGAAUUCAUGGACUUUGUGGAAGAAAUGGGAUAUGUACUUAUAAACCACAGCCAACAUGUGCAUGCCCCCCACACUAUGACGCAAGCGACCCAAAGGACUGGACAAAAGGGUGCAUAACCAAGUCCAAAACAACCUGUGAUCCUCUGAAAGUUGGGUUUAUAGAGCUUCCUCAAACUGAUUUUUAUAGCUAUGAUAUCAACUAUACUACGCAAAUAACCUUGGAGGCCUGUAGAAAUAGAUGCUUAGAUGAUUGUUCUUGUGAAGGUUUCAUGUAUAGAAUUGGUGGGGAUGGAGGGUGUUACCUCAAGAGUGCUCUCGUUAAUGGAUACACAUCUACAAGUUUUCCAGGAAGCACAUAUAUAAAAGUAACCAUAGAUGUAGCCUUAAACCACACUGGAAAUCAGAGCACUGGCUUGAAAGAUCUUGAAUUGAGAUGCCCAACUGGUGAUGUUGCAGUCACAGAGGUGCUUGAAAUUUAUGGGGAGAGCAAGAGUACAACUCUUCUGUUGUAUUGGUUUGCGAGUGCAAUUGGUGGAAUUGACAUCAUAUUCGUAGCGGUUGGGUGGUUCGUCCUUUAUAGGAAACAUGGUAUGCCUGAAGCCAUAGAGAAAGGCUACAAGGGUAUAUCAAGCCAAUUCAGGAGGUUCACAUACAAAGAGCUUAAACAGGCUACAAGGAACUUCAAAGAAGAGCUUGGAAAGGGGGCUUUUGGUGCUGUUUAUAAGGGGGUUUUAAGUGAUGGUAGGAUAGUUGGGGUGAAGAGGCUACAUGAUGUAAUGCAAGGUGAGAAAGAGUUUUGGGCAGAAGUGAGCACAAUAGGGAUGAUAUACCACACAAACUUAGUGAGGAUGUGGGGCUUCUGUGCUGAGGGUUCACAUAAGCUAUUAGUUUAUGAGUACAUGGAAAAUGGGUCAUUAGACAAGCCCUUGUUCUUGGAGGGAACCACUCUGGACUGGAACCAGAGGCUUGAGGUUGCUGUAGGCACAGCAAAGGGCCUAGCUUACUUGCAUCAUGAGUGUCCAGAGUGGGUAUUACAUUGCGACGUGAAACCCGAAAACAUACUACUAGAUGAGGGUUUUGAGCCAAAGAUAGCUGACUUUGGGCUGGUGAAGCUCCUUCAGCGAAGAGGUGAAGGAAGAAACAAUAAGUCCAUUAUAGGAGUGCGUGGAACCAAGGGAUACAUGGCACCAGAGUGGACUCUAAAUCUUCCUAUAACAACAAAGGCAGAUGUUUAUAGCUAUGGAGUAGUUUUGCUAGAGAUGGUGAGAGGGCAUAGAUUAUCAGGGCCUAUGGUGGUUGAUGGCCAUGAAGAAGUCGAGCUUUGGCAUUUGAUCAGGUUUGUCAAGAGGAAGAUGGAAUUGGGAGAGGAAUGGGUGGAGGCAGUGGUUGAUGUAAGAUUGGAAGGGAGGUUCAGCUCAAGGCAGGUAGAGGAGGUGGUGAAAAUAGCUCUAUCCUGUGUAAGAGAGGAGAGAGAGAAGAGACCAUCCAUGGAUAUGAUUGUGCAGGCCCUCCUUGUAUGUACAGAUAUUAAUGGGCUAUGAAUUUUGCAUGAUUUGGGUCAUAGAUAUUUCUCAGAAAUGAAUGUUUUAUCUACAUUAACAUUGGCUUUUAGAAGUGGUUGAGUUCAGGGAUGCAACUGAUGUGAAAGCUGGAGUUCCAAGAAGAGCCUUGAGGCAUUUCCCCAGCAUGAAGGCCUCUAGUAGAUGGAGAAGGUAACACUGAACUUCAAUCCAGUGUGUGCAUAUGUAUGAGAGAGAGAGAGAGAGAGAGAGA